AUGGUGAAGCUUGGCAAAACUUCUAAGAGGACUCCAGUCCGCUUGCGUCACAAGAUCGAGAAGGCGAGCGCAGCUAAACAGAGAAAGCAACGGAAGCUAGCGAAGAAGAAGAAACCCAGCGAUUACGUGAGAGCGCGGCAAAGAAAUCGAGCCGCUGGGACUGAGAUUCUCCCGGAUGCUGAACUAGUUGAGGAUGAACAAAUAAGUCAAGAUGACGAUUUAUUGGACGAGGAUAUGGCAGAUGACGCCGACGAGUCUAACCCUAUGGCUGCUUUGUUAGCAUCUGCAAAGGCCAGAGCGGUAGAAUACGCCCAGCAAAACGGCAACGAAGGGUUGGACGACGAGGAUAUGGAUGGUAUGGAUGAAGAUGAUCAGAUUGCCAAUGGCGAUAACAGCGUCGCGUUAGGACCCUCUUCGGGGCCACGUUCGAAGGAGACCUCGAGGCGAGCGUUUGAUAAAAUGUUUAAACAGGUUAUCGAAGCCGCGGACGUUGUCUUGUACGUUCUAGAUGCGCGGGACCCUGAAGGCACCAGAUCCAAGGAGGUUGAGCGGGAGAUAAUGGCAAUGGACGGCGGGUCGAAGCGGCUAAUUCUGGUUUUGAACAAAAUCGACCUAGUUCCUUCGCCCGUUCUAAAGGGCUGGCUAUUGCAUCUUCGAAGAUACUUCCCAACGCUUCCAUUGAAGGCGGCAACAAAUGCGGCCAAUGCUCAGGGCUUUGAUCACAAACAGUUGACGGCGAAAGCGACGUCUGAAACUCUUUUUCAAGGCGCUCAAAUCUUAUGCACACAACAAGCAGUUGAAGCGCUCUAUAUCAGUUGGAGGGCAUUUCAUCUGCAUGUCCCGUUGGAGCUGAAAGCUGGCGUUACCACCAAUCUCCGCGAAGUCAAAAUUGACAGUAAAUUAAAAUUAAUCGAUUCUCCUGGAAUUGUAUUCCCGAACUCCGAUACAUCCAAAUCUUCCAAAAGAAUCAACGAGGAAGCGCGCCUGAUCCUUCUCAAUGCGAUACCCCCCAAACAAAUUUCUGACCCCGUUCCUGCCGUUACGCUUCUUCUUAAGCGAUUGUCUACAUCUGAAGGUCGCCUUUCCAAAAUGCUUGAGUUCUACGGCAUUCCACCCCUCUUCCCGCUCAAUGGCGAGAAGACCAACGAUUUCCUGAUUCAGGUUGCUAAGAAAAGAGGAAGACUGGGUAAAGGCGGUGUUCCCAAUAUCGGCAGUGCCGCCAUGACUGUCAUCUCCGAUUGGAGAGAUGGCCGCAUUCAAGGUUGGGUGGAAGCGCCUAUUCUUCAGGUUGGCGGAACGGAGAACGUCCAAGUGGGCUCUACUGGUGUUGGACCGGACACAAAGCAAGUCGUGGCCGAGUGGUCAAAGGAGUUCAAACUGGAUGGCCUAUGGGGGGACAAGGAAAUUCCUCAUGAUGAGAUGGAAUGA